AUGUCUUCACCAAUGCCUCAAUCGAGUUUGAACAACUCGCAAGUAGCUAAUAUGAUUGAUGAAAGUAACGAAACUCCAAGUACUACACCACCAAUGAUAUCAAACACUAAUACGCCCGUGCCAGAAAUAGAGAUGGAAGAGCCCAACGCGCCUCAAGAUAAUACUGUAGCACCAAAUUCCAUAGAUGGUGAGAAAGUUCAAGAAGAAAACGAAGAUGAUGACGAACAAGAAGAAGAGGAAGAAGAAGAAGAAGAAGAGGAAGAGAGCUUGUCUCUUCCAUUGUCUAAAAUCAAAAAAAUAUUCAAGAUGGAUCCUGAUUAUUUGGCCGCAUCACAGAGUGCUGUUUAUGCCACCGGCUUGGCUACUGAAUUAUUUAUCCAAUACUUCACUGAACAAUCUUUAGUGCUAGCUAAGAUGGAUAAAAGAAAGAAGCUUCAAUAUAAGGAUUUCAGUAAUGCAGUGGCGAGUCAAGAUUCGUUGAAUUUCUUGAGUGACACAGUGCCAAAGACACAACCAAUCGGAGAAUUAAUAAAUAGCAAAAAGGUUAAUGUGAAUAGUCAUGAUAACAAUGAAAUACGUGAAAUUGACAAUACUGAAAUAGAUGAAAUAGAGGUAGAUGAACCAGUCAACGCCACGAGAAAAGUGAAACCUUUAGCUAAAGGUCAGCAAACUUUGAAUUUCUCUGCUACAAAUACUGCGACUGAAAGUAUAAAUCCAAUGCCAAUCAAGAAAUCAGUAAUUAGCGAUAUCGUCACAACUGAUAAUGAAACAGAAGUAACAAGUAAAGAGGCUACCGAAGAAGUUGAAGAUCAGGAUGUGAUAAUGAUCAACUAA